AUGAGUAUUGUGUUGAAUAACAAUCUCAGCUUUAGCAGUCGACAGUUAGCGGAUGUAGCACUUGGUGGCACCAGUGGUCGCUCAGCAGAAUUCCUUUCACUAGACAGGGACCGUGGACCCUCACUAUCCACUGACAAUGAUUUUGACAGUUCUCCAGAACAAGGUCUCUCCUCAGAUAAGGACUCUGGUCAAGAUGACUCGCAUAGGAAAAGACGAAAAGCAAAGAGGCUUUUCAGUAAAUGGAAACAUUCAGUGAAGCAAAAACUUCAUAUAUCCGAAUAUGAUCAAAAUGGUGUUUACAACCAUAAUCAGGGCACAACGACAAGUAACCAGGCAGAUGUACAGGACGCCCUAAGCUGUUAUUAUAAAUUUAAAUCUGAUGAAUCGAAAAUCGAAGAGAUGUUUGAAACCAUGAUGUUCCGUAACAAUACAGAAAGCCCUCCAGUAUCCCGUGAUCAAGAACUAAGAGAAUUAGCACCAUUUGAAAUAAUAGGGGAACAGAAGCUUGCAGAUUUAAGGAAGAAGUUGGACGUGUUCAGCAACUGCCUUUCGGCGUUGGACGACGAUAAACCAUGGAACCAAAUAAGUGCAUUUAACUCACCGCCAAUGGAUAUGAAAAUGCCACGCUCGGCAAUUGGUGGUUCGAGUUCACCACCAGAAUUGGCAUCAGGAAUCUCUACAUUAGAUAGUGGUCCACUGACCGAUUCUAUAGAGAAAGACUCAUAUUGCCAAAUACUCAGUGGUGACGAGUGUGGCAUCAAUGGAUCCUCCGAAUCCAUUCAGGAUGCAGGAAAUGCAUCAGGUAGUUCGAAAACCUCAUCAAUAGUAGAAAAGAUAGCCUCAUUUGUCAAGACUCCCAAAACUAGUGAAACAAGUCCUAUGGACUCACUUAGAAUGAACUCACCACUUGAUAGUGAUUUCGAGGUACAGAGACUAGUAAUUCCAACUUUUCGAAUGAAAGAUGGUAAAAGCAUGGAUGUUUCAAAUAUAGUGGAGCACCUCAAGAGUGGCACAGUUACUGAGAGAGAUCUUUUGUGUUUGGCAUCUAUGUACACAUACAAAGAAAAUGGAUUUAUGGAUAAGUCAUUUUAUGAUGAACAAGGUAACGAAGCUGAUAACGAAUCAGCAAUGUCAUCUGAAUUCGAACGAGAAGGGCAUACCAUUGGAAAUGAAGAAAGAGAAUUUUUCAAGCCAAGUGCCAUUAAUGAUAGCAAUGAUUCUGUAAAAUUCAAUAAAUUUUCCUGCUUGGUGAUAUACAACGCUUCUAAGAAAUGCGAUACUGGACUCAAACCACAAGACAUUAAGAAUAGUGUAGAUAAAACGAGGCCCGGUGCUGCAAUAGAAGCAGACUCUGGAUAUGAUGGGGACGAUGAAGACGCACUUAGCAACAAUGUCACAGAAACAGAGGGUUCACUUCAUAAGUCCAUCUUGAAGAGUAAGAAUAAUGACAAAGAAUAUCUAGAAUCUCAAAGAGCAGUAAAAUGCGACAAAGUGAGUGUUGAUGAGUUCUUGGAAUUUUUCGAUAAGUAUGAAAAUGAAAGGCGCGAGGGCGAAUAUGUUUUAAGUUUAGUUCGUGACAAACAGUUGAGGAAUUACUAUUCAAAAGAAUAUUUCCCCGAGAUUGGAUGCCAAGAUCACCCAUCGGAGGCUCGUACAGAGUUUAAUAGAAGCAAGCUAGCUACGGAGCAUAAUAUUGGUCGCGAGUUAAUGCACAUUAAGACUCAUUCAGGAAUGUCUGAAUGUGUGAAUUGCUCGAGUGAUGUAUUUGUCGAAGUCAACUGA